CAGCCGCACUUUGCAACGAUCGCUUUGACAAUUGUCGGAAUGGGCCGUAAUUUGACAGCUGAUUUUGAUGUAACCAUAAUCGUCACAAGUGAAAUUCAUUGUUCGUAAAAAAGAAAAUUGUGAUCUCGCCAGACACUUGCCCAUUUGUGUUUGUUUUGUUUCUAGCCUAACCAGCCCAAUACUCCAUCGCCCAAGUGCACAGCGCACUGCUUUUAUCGCUUCCUCUCUAGUGCAACAAAUUCGCAACAUUUUCGUAACAUGUCGCACCAAACUGGCAUCAAGGCAAAUGCCGAGCUAUUGAAAUUUUUUGGAAAAUCCAAAGAUGGAAAGACCAGAGUGUUGAAAGUUUCUAUCGAGAAUGAGGAACUUCGACUGGUAAGCCACAGUGACGUCAAACGUGACUGGGAAAAAGAUUACGAUUCGUUGGUAAGACCACUGAUAGAAGAAAGUACACCAUGUUACAUCCUUUAUAGAUUGGACUAUAAAAUUCCCACCGGAUACGCAUGGCUGCUGAUGAGCUGGGUCCCCGAAUCGGCAACGGUGCGACAGAAAAUGCUUUAUGCUUCGACCAAAGCAACGCUGAAGCUCGAAUUCGGUUCAGGUCACAUAAAAGAAGAGCUGAAUGCAACGUCCAAGGAGGAAACGACGCUGCAGGGUUAUCAUAAGCAUAAGGUCGAUUUCAGCACACCGGCCCCGCUGACCAGUCGCGAGGAAGAACUAGCUGAACUGCGCAAAACAGAAGUUAAGGCAGAUUUCGGUAUAGACACAAAGCAACAGACGCUUGGAGGGAUCAACUGCCCAAUAUCGGAUGCGGUCGCACAAGCGCUACAUGAUAUGCGCCGUGGAGGCUACAAUUAUCUGCAGUUUCGUAUCGAUCUUGAAGAAGAGAAGAUACACUUGGUCAAAGCGGACAACAUCGAACUGACAACACUGCCAACGCAAGUCCCGACCGACCAUGCACGCUAUCAUCUGUACAUUUUCAAGCAUCAUCACGAAGGAAACUAUUUGGAAAGUGUCGUAUUUGUCUAUUCGAUGCCCGGCUACAGCUGCUCCAUUCGUGAGCGUAUGAUGUAUUCAAGCUGCAAGGGGCCGUUUUCUGCGACCAUCGAAAAACACGGCAUACAGGUAGCGAAGAAGCUUGAGAUUGACAACGGUGCAGAACUGACGGAAGAGUUCCUCCACGAGGAGCUUCAUCCGCGCAAGCUUAACCUUCGGCCGCAGUUUUCUAAACCGAAGGGCCCACCAAGCCGCGGAGCUAAAAGACUGACAAAACCACAAGCUGUCGAAUAAGAACCGAGGCUAACUGAGCAUGGAUAGGGGUCACAAUUAAGGCGCUACACCACGUUGCUAGCUAGAUCACCUGCCGACGCACCCACCUUUCAUCGCAUUUUGCAUCGCAUUGUGGCAAUACACUUUUAUGUAUGUUUGUCUGUUUGUGUAGAACAUAACUUAUUGAACCCAUUUUUCGUAGAAUCACAAGGCAGAAACAACGAUCACGCAAUAUUGACGGCUAAAAACCCGCAAUGAAGAGGACACGAAUCCUUUUCAAGCAUUACGCUAUACACUUGCAAACAAUGUAGUUAAAAACCGUGUACAGUAUCAAAAGUAUUAUACAGUUCAUCACAUAAAGGUUAUGAAUAUAGCAUCUUUUGGAAGGGAACAACACAAAAAGAAA